CACAACAGCUAUCACCGCACCAAAUCAUCUCUUGCCAGCAUCAAUUCAUCAUUUUGUCUCAACAAAACCACCGUCAAUUUCUCCUACAUCUUCAAUACCCCCCCUUUCACAUUUCUUCAAUUUAUCAAUCUUUUUUCAUAGAGACUGAAACUUUCCAUCUGGGUAUUCAAGAUUCAAACAAAUUCUUCAAUUUUUCAUCUGGGUAUUCACAGUUCUUCAAUUUAUGAACUGAAUCAACAGAAAUCAAGAAUCUUUUGUCAUAAAGAUUGAACCUUUCCAUCUGGGUAUUGUUGAUUCAGACUAUUAGUGGCUUUAAGAUGGCGAUUGAAUCAUCUAUGACUCAAGAAAUUGGGGGAAAGAAGGCUCUGCAGUCGGAUUGCCCUUCGCCUGAUUCAUCGCUGACUCAGGGAGACAGUGAUAUGGAAUCUACUUCUGUUUCAUCAUCAAUGCAAGGCUCCAUAUCGAGUGCCACAUCAUCACUCGAUCAAUAUAGCAGCAAUGUCAAAGAAGAAACCCUGCAAAAGAAACCACUAAAAAAGUUGAAUUCAAGAAAAUUCGCCUCUUUUGGCAGCUUCAUGUCAUCUAGAAGGCGAGCCCAGUCAAAGCUCAGUCAAUCUUCGAUAAAGUUGUCGGAUGACGGGUCAACUUCAACCACACCCCUGCAUCCUUCUUCUAUUGAAGUAUCAGAUGAAUCAACUAAUUAUGUUCAGAAACCUAUGCCAAAGUUCACAAGAACAGGUAGUCUAAGAUCAGUCAAGAUCUUCAGAACCAACAGCAAUAACAGAAACAAGAACAAGACAAGUUACAAAUCGAAAAUGUCUUCAACCGACACCUUUUCACAAGCGUCCGAAGAAUCCCACGUCGAACGCGCUACAUUUUCAUCGACUCUCAAAGACUCAAAGUUCCCCGAACAACUUAAACAUCAAUCACGGCCAUCAGAACCCGAAGAAGUACUUCCCGUCGCAAAAGUGUGUCGGUACCAGCAUUGUUCUCUUCACGGCCAUCAUCAUCACCACGAGCCCCCGACAAAGCGCUUCACGUAUCUUAAAAGGCGCACGGCAAAAGACCCGAAGAUCACGAACACCGAAACUCGACCAGCGGAUAAAAGUUUCGGUAAGAAAAGAGAACCGAAAGUAAGUAAAAAGGUUUCUGAAUGCAAGGACGAAGUCGAUUCGUCUAUAGAAUUCUAUGCUAAAACGAGAUCAGAACCGCUUUCGAGCUAUGAUCAUGAUGAAGCUGAGUUUGCUGAUAUGUUAUUCGGAGUCAACAGCCUCCAAGAGAGAAAGAACGAGAUACCCGUUUCAAAUAAUCGCGAUUUUAGCGAUUUAAACAACGAGAAAGAUGAUAAUUCAAACGGGUCGAAGCCCGUUCUUGAGAAGAAGCGAUCUGUAAAGAAAAAGAACACAAUAAGCAUGUGGGGUAUGAUCCAUCAGCAUAUGGUAUCUGGUCUUGCAGCAGAAUCGGCGGACUCAAAUGUUCAGAAAGUAGAUGAAGAACCGAAAUCCGAGACUAAAGAUUUUGAUGAUGCUGCGAGUCAAGAAACCGAGCUCAGAAAGAUGUUCGCGAUCAAACUUGUUCGAGAUGCAAUCGAGAAGAUACUUCUUCCAGAAGUGCAAGACGAUCAAUCGACUACAAGUGAAGUUAUAUCAGAACAAGACGUACCCGAAAAGAUUGAAACACCGAAUGAACAAACAGAUGAAUCUCCAGCACCAGUGCCCGAACAAAAACCCGCCAUGAAACUGAAGAAAGAAGCACCGAGCCGGUGGAGUCACCUAAAGAAAGUUAUUCUGUUAACAAAGUUUGUUAAAGAACUCGAAAAGGUGAAGAAAUUCAAGCCGAGAAAACCGAGACUCCUUCCGGUGCCGCCGGAGACAGAAACCGAAACGGUUUCGCUCCGGCGGCAGACGGGUAGUGGCAAGAAAAACUCGGAUGACUGGAUGCUGGAUUAUGCGCUUCAAAAGGUUGUGAGUGAACUCGCUCCGACUCAGAAACGGAAAGUCGCUUUGCUUGUUAAGGCGUUUGAAACCGUAGCUCCGGGGCAGGAUGAUCCGCCAGAGUCUGGAUGUAAUGAUGAGAUUCAACGAGUUGGGUCCGAAUCAAAAGACAUACUUCAAGAGACCAGUGAAACAAAUCCAUCCGCCGACAAGAUUGAAGAACCAAAACCGGAUUUGGAGAAAGAAAAACACCUAAAAAUGUGGCAUAUGAUCUACCAACACGUCGCAGUGGACAUCGCUACAAAGAUCGGAUCCGACCUGCUUCUCGACGACGAAGAAUCAACAAACGGCGACGAGAACAAUCCACAAGAAGUCGAAAACCAAACCGAAAGAAACUACAAGCUUCAAUUCACCCAAAGCGACGCGGUUAAGCUUGUUAGAGAAUCCGUCGAUGAAAUCCUCCUUCCCGACACCACCGACACCUCUUCACAAGACUCCCAAUCCGUUGCUAGCGACACAGCAUCCGAACAAGAAGAAGUCGUGGAAAAGAAACACGAAGACGCUGAACCAAGAAAACUCGAUGAGAACAAGAACCCAACGAAAACGACGAUAUUACAUCAUCAAAAGUCGAAAAACUGGGCGAAACUGAAGAAGUUGAUUCUACUUAAACGAUCGAUUCGGGCAUUAGAAGGGUUUAGAACGCUUAAAUCAGAAACCCCACAACGCGAAAAGUUGAAAACCGAUAGUGAACAAGAAAAGGUCGAUUUAAGGCGACAAAUGAUGGACGAACGGAAGAAAGCCGAGCAAUGGAUGCUCGAUUACGCGGUUCAACAUAUCGUGACGAAGUUAACUCCGUCACGUAAAAAGAGAGUCUCUAUGCUUGUUGAAGCCUUUGAAGCAGUUGUCCCGCUACCAGAAAUUUGAAUUUUCAAAAUACCGUUACAAAGAUUUCUUGAAUUAUUAUUAUUAAGGUAGUUAGUUGAUCUGCAAACGACGUCGUAUGGUCAUUGUAUUGGUACUUGUGUGGUAUAUAGGUUAUAGUCUUAUAGAUAUUGGUUAUUGAGUGCUUUUGUUCGGUUUAUGUUAUGUAGUUUAUCAAUUGUUUUGUUUGUUUUGUCCUGUUAGUGGUGGUAUAAAUUUUGCAUAAGAGGUGUUUGAUGAAA